AUGCCUACUCCCGAGUCCGCCGCGUUCCUGGCAAAGAAACCCACCGUUCCUCCGACAUACGAAGGUGUUGACUACGAUGAUAACGUCGCUCUCCACAAUGCUCGGGAUGCCAUCAUCCGCGAGCAAUGGGUUCGCAGUAUGAUGUCCCGUCUUGUUGGGGAGGAAUUGGGCAAGUGUUAUCGUCGGGAGGGAGUGAAUCAUUUAGAGAAGUGUGGUGUGUUGAGAGACAAGUACUUUGAACUCCUCAACGAACGCAAGGUUAAGGGUUACCUCUUCGAAGAGAAGAAUUAUCCUUUCAAAGAUGCAGAGGCCAGCAAGUCCAAGUCUGCGUGA